GUACUCGCCUUUCCUCUACUUCACCAACCUAGGUAUCAUAAAAUUUAUAUCUACAGAUUAAUGUUUUGACUAAAUGUAAAUACCUUCUAUAUUAACAUGAAGAUGAAUCUUAUUUAAAUAAGAAUUUAUUUUCACUGAACAUAGUUGUAGCAUACAAUAAUAUGCUUACUUAAUUAGUGGUCUAGUACAUAUAGACAAUCUAAUCUAAAAGAACAGGGAAUCAUGGUUCUAUUAAGAACAUUUGGUUUCUUUUUCUCAAUUCAUUUUUAUGUCUUAAGGAUUGAGAGUGCAUCAGUGAAAUCUGAAAUUGAUUUGGCGCAAGAGUCCAUUGAAGAACGUUUAAAGGCAUAUUCCAAUGAUAGCGAUAAAAUAAGAUAUUUAAUUCAGAAGAUGGUCAAAGAUCGUGUAUCACAUAAGCAAGAGCUUAUUGAUGUAGUUGCAAAAGUAUGUAGGCAAGGAGCUAAUGAAACAGUUCGCAAAGAACACACUGUUGGGCUUAGUCUGAAACAAGCUUUGGAUCCAGUACUCCGCGCAUGUUUAACCAGCAAAGCAUUGCAUGUCCUGGAGAGGUUUGCAUUCUUUUCUGGCCUAUACAAACGUACGGACAUGGAUUGGUAUGUGAAAUGGGUGUUUGUGCUCAAACUGGUCAGCACUCCAAUAUUGGAUAAAAUCCGUGCAGAUCUUCAACAGUCAAACCUGAGCUGUGAAGAAUUUGCCAGUGCUGCAUAUAUGGUACAUUCCUUGAUCCCUGAAGAAUAUGUUGAACCAGUUCUGCAAACAUGCACUUCAUAUCAUCUACCAACCAAGAAGAAAGAUGUUGAAACCUUCUGCAGCUUCCUAGACAUGUAUUUGGCAGAUAAAUAUAAUGGAACCAUAACCAGUUCACUCAAACGAGCCGCUGAUUUGGUCUGUUUGAGUGCCUUCAAGUACCUCAAAGGGUUUGAGCGCACUAAAGCAGCUGAGAAAGCAAGGAGGUGAGGUUGAUAAAAACACCCACAUCAUAAGUUCUUGGGGCAGAGGAAUAACAUUCCUCAGGAAAUUAAUUAGGAACCAGCAAAGGCUAAAAUUGAAUUUUUUUAAAGUAAUUGUAAGCAUAAAAUUUUUUCUCUAAAAUUGGUUGAUCAAUUUUUAUUCUUUCAAUAAGUUUGGAUUGUAAAUGAUAUUUUGUACUUUAGACCAUUUUAUUUUAAAGUAUUCUUUGAAUUAUACCUAUUGUAAUUUCAUUUGUGCUUUAUAUAUUGAAUUGUGAUUUUAUGUAAUUUUUAAUAUUUUUUUAUUAGUUUUUUUAUACUGCUACUACGCAUUUUCAACUCAUUUCAUGCCUGCUUAGUAAAUUUUUUUUGAAAAA